CUCCUUUGUAAAGCAAUGCUAAUGCAAGUGCUGGUAGAUUUUGCCCCUUACAUUUUUUGGGGGGUGUCAGCAUCCACCCCCAAAUGUGCUGUACAUCUUCUACAUAAGUCCCCCUAAUGUCCCAACCAAGCAGAGUCUUUCCUGCUAAUCCCCUUCCCCCAUCCUCUUUCCUAUAGCCAAAAUCCUUACACAUCCCAUUUCCUUCCUCCUUUUGUAUUUUUACCAUCCCUGUUUUUUUUUUUUCUCUCUACAGUGGGGGAGGGAGAUAUUAAAUGAAUAAACAGCAAUAAGAAAACCUGAGAGAGCAUAUAGGGGAAAACAAAGGGGGCUUCUACCCAUAAAAGCAUUGCAAUCUGUAAGGUCUGCUUAAAAUUAAUGGCAUUCUGAGACCACCACCCCCACCACCCCCUCCUCUGUUUUCUCUUGCCCUUUCUCUCCUGUCUCUCAGUGUGACAGUCUCUGCCUUUUGGGACAUGAUGGCUGGGGGAUCUCUCCACCAAAAUGCUCCUUAUCCACCUUCACAGCAGCAGCAAACCCCACAGAUGGAGACGGAAGCCCCAGACUCUAGGAAAAGACCAUUAGAGACCCCAACGGAAGCUACCAGCACCAAGAGGUCCAACACAGCAGGUUAGUCUCAAGCUGAGAGUCUGAUGGACCAGUGACAAUGUCACGGUAAUGCAAAUAUGUACAGGAUUCAGGAUACGUCCAGCGUAAAGCAUGCAAUCCAAUAGAGGUUAUAUAUCAUUCACUAUCUGAAGGAUGCUUUUAAUGCUUGCUGACAGAUAAAAAUGUGGAUUUUCAACAAAGCAUCUGUAGAGUUUUGUGACAACAGCGAUAGGUUUACUAUUUAAAGAUGAUCAUUUAUGGGUUGGGUUCUCUAUAGUAUCCAGACUGAUUCCACAAUACCUUUAUUGUAUGUUACAGGUUUAUAAAAAGGAUUGCCCCUUAUCCCAUUCAAUAACAAUAAAACCUGUCAAUUAUGCAUGAUGCUUUUUUUUUUUUUUUUUAUAAGAGUGGUGAAUGUCUAUUUACUGUACCAAAUCGGCAGGACUGUCUGCAAGAUGUGCUCCUAAGCUGUCCAUUAUCCUCUGUAUGAUUUUUAGAUGCAUCCUUUUUGUUUUGUGCUCUAGAGUGACGCAUUUAAAAAACCUGAGGACAUUACAGUUACCUUCCAGGAUUUCUAUAAGAUGUUCAAUUUUGCGUCACCCCCCCACAUCAAAUGCCCCCUAGUUUAUGACAUCCUGUGAGGAUACAAAAAGAUUCUGAGAUCAAUUUCCUGCAGCAUCACUGUUCCCCUACAAGAAGAUGGCAUCAAAAAAACUGCGUUACCUAUUGUCUUGCGAAAAAGAGAUUGAUGUACAAUAUUUGAUCUGAAUUUAAGAUUACACAGUGGCUGAAUUUGCUGAAUAUUUGCGGGUUUCUGCGGCCAGAAUAGUUAACCAUUAGCGUGCCUGAGAUCUGUUUGCUCUUACCUCGCUCUUUGUAGCAUUUAAAUGCUUUGAUAUUUGAUGUCAAGGAGGUUAAUUCUUUAAAAGAAUUGCAUUAAUCAAUUAUCUCUAUAGCAAUUUAAAUGUAUAGGGUCCAUGGGAUUUAAAUAUUGUCGUAUUCCUAGAAACUUUAUUCCAAAAUCUGUUCUCCUGGGAUUUUAAUAGGACGCAAGAUGUUUUCAGAGAAAGCAAUAAACAAGAAAGGUAUGAAAUUAUAUAUAUCGAGACUUUCAUUGUGUUAGUAGCUCGUAUUGAUGGAAGUCAUGGCUUGAUCAUAGCCACACAUUAUUAGGAAGGCUCUAUCGGCUAUACGGAUUACCUAAAAGGUAUUCAGGAUCAAUUAAUAUCCACAAUACCUUUUAAAAAAAACGCUAAAUUGCAUGUUUUCGUUCAUGAUCAACAUGUAUAUUUAAGAAAUCUAGUACAAAAAAUCUAGAAAAAAAUAUAUUUUAAUGCGCCUUGAGAGUAAAACCAAUAAUUUUGUAUGCUCGUUAAUGUGUUUGUGUGUAUUUAUAUAUAUAUAAUUUAUUUUAUAUUUGUUUUGUUAUUGGGACGAGGGUCUAAUAAUUUAAUGAAAUCUUAUUGCAUUUUGUCUUUGUGUUAUUAAUUGGAAUCUGCUUUAGCUGUCUUGCCCAGUUUCUGUUUGUGAUAUUAUUGUAAGAGUUUUGUUUAUGUGUGACGUUUUUGAAGCCCGUAAGAUAAUAAGUACAGGAUGUAUAUAUGCAGUUAAAAUGUGGUGUACAGCCUACCACGUAAAAUGGCAAGUUUUUUUUUUUUAGCAAUGAGUAGAUGUGGCUUUUACAUUUUAAUGUAUGAUUAAUGAUUAUAGAUGAUGUUGAUUGUUUGUGGCCUAGCUUGCAUUAAGUCCCUUAUAAAUAUGGUGAGCCGUUUUCUCCUCUAAAUAUUAAUUUGAAAGAAGAAUCAUGAAUGAAACCAUGUAAUUCACAUGUAAAGGCCUAAUAGUGAACAGCCUAAUGCCUAAGGAAAGCUUAUAUUUAUUGACGAGUAUGUGUAAAUGGAGAUGUUUGGAUCUAUCUAUCCAUUUAUGAACAUGUGCUUAGACAAAUAAAUUGACUGAUACAGAUAUGAUAGAGAAAUCCAUGCAUCUGUAUAUCUAUAUAUGCAACUAUAAUUCUACUUAAAUAUAUAGGGUAUUGUGAGUGAGAGGGCACAGACAAACGACAGAGAUGGACAGACAAAUAGAAAGACAGACAGAAAGACAGACCAACCAAAAACUGAAUAAGGUCAGUAUUAUUUAGGCUGUCCUGUAGAACACCAGUCCAAUAUUUUUUCUGAAGGCCUUUUAACUAGGUGAAUUUUGAUGUUGUAAACGGAAUAACGUUUGUUAAUUACGUUUGACACGCAAUAUAACUCACAUGUAGUAUCUAUUCUAGUAUAGCACAUCAUUAUCCAACUAUACGUUGAGACGGACCUGAGUUUGGACCUGUUAUUGUACAGCGAUACAAAGACAUUGCUGUGAUCUGGCAGAUGCUGCCAUGAAAGACCAAAGGCUAUUGCCAACAGAAGGCAUCCAUCGCGAUAAGGCUUAGGACUGACGGUACGAUUACUGUAGUAUUCCCUUUCCAAAAAAAUAACAUACGCUUUCAUGGAGCUGGACAAAAUUUACAUAGAGUAAAUAUUAAACCAACUUUUUUUCUAUACUAAAACCAACACAAUCUUUUCAUACAAAUCAUUCACACGAUGCCAUCGCUCUCUUCUACCUGAUGAUAUUUUGUAUAUUAUUUUGUGUUGUUACCAUCUGAGCCGCCAAAGCAGAGUUGCCAUUUUAUUUACAGACAAUAUGGGUCACGGAGCAUUUAUACCUCUCCUUGCUGACGUUUUGCUGCAAAAGCCAUAUUUGAUUCAUAGAUACUUACUUGUGAAUAUUUCAUGAAGCAUCCCUUUCCUUAACCCUCACUAUGCUCUUUUUAGGUUAUCACAUAGGAACUUUAGGCCUUGGGCCUAGUAAGGAAACAAAACAUGCUGUAUGAACAAAACAUUCACAAUUUGGCUUGUGCCGGUCUACAGCAAUAACAUGCAUCAUGCUAUUCACGGUACAAAAUGACAUACAAGAUGCAAGGAAAGAUGAGAGAAAAAAAAAAAUACUUGUCUGUAAAAAUCAAUGAAGCAAACAGCUAGUAGAUGGGGGAGUGAAGCUGGAAAGGAAGGUAGCAUUGAGAUGGGGACGGACAAAGAGGAACACUGGAGAGACUGUAUAUAAAGCACUAAAAGUGGAGUGUUUUAUUGGUUUCCCUGGAGAUUGUUUUACUUUUAGAACGUUGCCAUGUAAUUGCUCUUUAUACACAAUGCAAUUACAUAGGUUGUACGUGCUACAACAGUGUUGAUAUAGGAGAGAAGGGGUGAAGAUAAAAAGAUUUAGAAAAGGAAUGUCUGCUGCCACGAUGGCCUCCUACCGUACGGGCCAACAUAAACAAAUUCUAUGGUUUUAUUUAAUUAAAUGUGUUGUUGUUUUUUUUUAAUUGAACACAUGCAAAACUCAAUAAGUUACAAGACAACAUGGUGGGUUUUAGAUGGGGGGAAAUCACUGUUCAGCUCUUAUAGAGAAUGAAUCACAAACCUAAUAAGGGGAAAGUGGCUGAAAGGAUAAAGGAUGGGAUAUUAUCAUCUGUCCAUUUCCCUUCUACAUCAGAUACCAAGGAAAAGGAAUGACUUGGCAACAGGAUGCUUAAGGAAAAAAACAUCAUAAGCAGAGCCAGCAUUUUAUCAGGAUUAUUUUUAAAUAAUAAGUCAAACAAUCAAGCUCUUGCUGUUAUUUGGUGUUAAUUUAAAGAGGUUAAUUUUAACAUUUACUGCCCAGAGUUUGUAUAUUAUGGACCGUUUCUUUAAAUAAAUUAACUCAUAGUAAUACUUAACUAAUCAGUUUCCUGUAGAUAUAAACAUUUAGUAACAUUUAAUAUACACACCUGCCAGCAAUGUUUGAGGUACUUACCUGAGGACUACUUUACUCUCCUCCAUGGUUUGAUUUCCAGUAGAUGUAAGUUGAAGCAUGACCAUAUCCUUUUGGCAGCCUUAUUUGUUGAUCUUUACCCCACUGACGAUUGGUUUGACCCCUAAGUUGCUUCCAAUGGCAAUCUCCACUCCUCCUCUGGCAGCAUCCGGUUUCAAAAUUUUCAGAUUCAGGAAGUGCGCAGUGCAUGGGUAGGGGGACCACUGAUUGGCUGUGAGGAGUCAGAUGACGCUCCCAGUCUAUCAACAACUCCAGUUCACUAAAUUGGCUUGGAAAGAAACGUACCUUUCUCAAGUUUAGUGAACGGGGAGUCACUGAUUGUCUGAGAGCUAAUCCGCAGCACACCUGCCCUGCAAAUUCAGAAGCCGAAUGCCAAAAGGAGAGGUGUGGACAUUGCCACUGGAGGCAAUGCACAAGUUAAACUGCUCGAGAAUGGUUUAAACCAUUGGAGGUAAGCAUUCCUGGCACCAUAAUUUAAUUUAGAUGAAGUUGUUUUGGUGCCUGGAAUGUCCCUUUAAAAGAGACUGACCUGCACAGAGUGCAACUGAAAGCCUGUCAUACAUAUACUACUCAAUAUUUCAAAUGGACAAAGAGGGAUAUUUAAAUAUUAAGGGUUUGGCUUGGGGCAGGGCUGUUCUGAGAAAUUUUAGGUGGCUUACUAAUAAUAAUUUAUGCAACUAAAGUUCCAUUUAGAACAAGAACAAUGCAUCCUUUUUACACAGAAUCAUUUCUAAACACAUUUAUUGUAGUUUAAAAUCACAUUAUAUAUGAUUAUAAUUGCUGCGGAGCUCUGUUUUACACUCAGACACACCAACAAUAUGGAGCUCCUAGAAAAGUGGGACAGAGGGAUUUAAGAAUUAGGACUGACCCUCCUAAUUAGGGACACUUGGGAGGUAUGACAUACAGAGAAGAAACCCUAAAAUAUCCUCAAAAAUGUAUUGUUGCUAGCAACUUGUCUCUCAUGUCCCCAGAAGUGGGAAACCAGAGUACAAACUGAGGAUGUCUAAAAAUUGGAAUGUCCUGACUUGACAGAGACCAGGAAGUGUCAGAGAUCUGGCUGCAAUUUUGGGUGUUCCCUUGCCCCCCACACCACCACUAAUUUCAGGUGGUAAGAGGAUGAAUUCAGAAAGAUAUGUACAAAGAAACAUAUCAGUAUGUUUCUUAUCUGUACAACCUCUGAUCUCUCCAAUGUUCCAUUUCCUUUAUUUGACCGCCAUCUGCUGACCUUUGACAUCAGCAUACCCCCUACCCAAAUUUCACCACCCUCAACUCUCCAAUCUCACAGAAACCUCCACUGCCUUGAUCUCCAGCAUUUCUCCACCAAACUCCAAACUCUCCUUUUACCCAUCUCAAAUCUCACUUGCCCUAACUCUAAAACCUCACUCUACAACUCCACUCUCUCAUCUAGACAUCAUGGCACCUUGUACAUUUUAAUGCAGCAGGUGUUUACAAUUACAAACCUGGAACACCAAGCUGACCCGAUAUCUCCAAAAAUGUUCCAGAACUGCUGAACGCUGUUGGAGAAAGUCUCACUCUGCACCGGACUUCCUCCACUAUAAAUGUAUGCUGCGCUCCUACACUCUGUCUCUUUCCUCUGCAAAAGUAAAUUACUUCAACACCCUCAUACGCACACUGUCCCGCCAACCCAAUUGCCAUUUUCACACUUUUAAUGCUCUCCUUUGCCCUGUUGCUCCCCCUACCACCCCGUCCGCCUCAAACUUUGCAACUCAUGUCACUGAGAAGAUUUCUACAAUCAGGGAAGAGAUCGCUAACCUCUCACCCUCCCCUUCCAAUACAUCACCCAACCUCACUCACUCCACUGUUCUAUGCUCAUUCGCACCUACUACAACGGAAGAGGUUUCUGCUCUGCUCCGGUCCUCCCGCCCCACCACCUGUUCCCUCAAUCUUAUUCCCUCAUAUCUCAUCCACACUUUGUCUCCCUCUCUUGCUCUUCCUCUCACUAAAAUUUUCAAUCUCUCCCUUUCCUCUGGCACAUUUCCUUCACCCUUAAUGCAUGCAACCAUAAUGUAGAUUCUGAAAAAGCCCAACCUUGCCCCAACUCCCUAUACAACUACCGCCUUAUAUCGCUACUGCCAUUUGCCUCCAAGAUCCUUGAGAGAGUUGUGUAUGCAAGACUGACAGACUUCCUCGAAUCCAACUCUCUACUUGACCCGCUUCAGUCUGUAUUCCGCACACGUCACUCUGUUGAAACAGCUGUGACCAAAGUAUCCAACGAUUUAAUUGCUGCUAAAUCCCAUGGCCAUUACUCUAUCCUAAUUCUCCUUGAUAUUUCUGCUGCCUUUAACACUGUUGAUCAUCAAUAGCUUCUUCUCAUUCUCCAUAAUCUCAGUCUACGAGAUACUGCUCUCUCCUGGUACUCCUCCUACCUCUCCCAGGGCUUUUUUAGUCUUUCUUUCUCAGGCUCUGCCCCUUCUCCCCAACUCCUCUCUGUUGGCGUUCUCCAAGGUUCUGUCCUUUGUCACCUACUGUUUUCCAUCUAUACUGCCUCCUUUGGCUUCCGUUAUCAUUUAUAUGCAGUUGACACACAAAUCUACCUGUCCUCUCCUGAGCUCUCUCGACCCACCUUGACUCGUGUCUCUGACUGCUUCUCUGCGAUUUCCAACUGGAUGGCUGCUCACUUCCUUAAACUCAACCUGUCCAAAACAGAACUUCUGGUCUUUCCUCCCUCAAGUGAUGCUACUCCCGUGUCUGUCUCCCUCCAAGUCAACGGCGCCACUAUCACCUCUACCUCGCAGGCUCGCUGCCUAGGUGUUCUCUUUGACUCCGACCUCCCCUCAUGUCCAAUAGAUUGCCAAAUCCUGCCGCUUCCAUCUUAAAAACAGAGCUUGCAUCCGCCCCUAUUCAGCACCAGACACAGCUAAGGUGCCUUUGUUCUUUCUCGCCUUGACUACUGCAAUCCCCUUCUCAGUAGUCUUACGUGUUCCCAGAUUGCACCGCUGCAAUCUAUAAUGACUGCGCCGGCGAGGCUCAUUUUCCUGUCCACCCUACAUUGGCUUUAAGUUAGAUAUAAGGCUCAAUUUAAGAUUCUGAUGCUUGCUUACAUAAUACUGCUCCAACCUACCUAUCCUCCCUAAUACAAGUAUGUCCCGCCGAGGCUCCUGCGCUCUGCCGAAGACCUACGUCUAUUCUCUGUCUGUACUCCCACAUCUGAUGCUUGCCUCCAAUACUUCUCCAGGGCUGCACAUUUUCUGUGGAACUCCCUUCCCUUCUCUGUGAGAAUUUCACCCAGUCUCCACUCCUUCAAAAAAAAUCUUUGAAAACACACUUCUUCAGGAACGCAUAUCAUUUAAACUGUUAGCGGGUUUUCAUUCCCCCCCCCAUGACUCCUCUCCUGCAACUUUCAAAAAUAAAGUUCUCAGUGAAUACUUUUCUAGCAACCUAUUUGGUUCCCUACUUAUACCCUUUGUGUCACUAUACCCCUUUCCCUCUAGCAUGUAAACUCAUUGAGCAGGGCCCUCAACCCCUCUGUUCCUGUGCGUCCAUUUGUCUGGUUACAAUUACAUGUCUGUUAGUCUACCCAUUGUACAGCUCUACGGAAUUUGCUGGCGCUAUAUAAAUAAUAAAUAAUAUGAAAAGAAAAAAAAAAUACUGAGACGCUGUGUUGGCCUCCAUUCAUUCUUUAGAAUGCUUCUUGUUCGUAUAUUUUUCAAUGAAUAAGACAGGGGGAAUGUGUCUUUUUUGCACAAGCAUGCUUACUGUACACUGUCCAACGACAAACCCCUGUAUGUACCACUGCAUUUUCCACUGCGUUGUCUCAAAAUUCUAGUUGCUAGAGAGACUACCAAAUGGAAAAGGGUGCUAAUUAUAUUUUUUGUGGACGUGGUUUUUGCAAGAAAAGAAAAUGCAAAAUGUGAUUUUUACAUGAUGGUACACCACACUUUAGAUCCCCAGGGUGCCCUAGCCCACAACCAUAUUCCAGUUUAACAGGUAUUUCAGCCUUAUGGAUAUAGGCACAAAGACCUGUAAAUCCUUUUAGUUGAGUUGAAAAGUCCACUGCUUUAUGACACAGUCAUGCUGCUCUAUUCAGAAUAGAAAUAUAGUUGUGACCAGCUAAAAUCCUAAUAGUGGACGUCAAUGAUACAGGUUUCCUUUGAAUGUUUGUAGGAAGCAAGGGCAGCAAAGAGUGGACACUUAAAAUAAUCAGGUUUAGAGUCUCUUUGAUAAAAUAAACGGGGAUUCUGAACCAUUUUAUGACAGAGAAACAGCUUAGGUACAUAGCAAUAGCCCAUUUACCCAUUUGUCAGUUGUAAAAAAACUACUCUGUGUAUCCUUAAAUUUUAAAUAAUACAUUCUAAUAUUCUAUCGUUAGGAGUUUCAGAAUCUGCAAAUUUGGGGUACCAGUCACAAUCAAUGGAGACCCAUUAAUAAAGUAUAGAGACCACAAUUUGGGUGAAUGCAACACAUGGGUUAAAGACCACUGCUAUUCAAGAUACAUGAUGUUAGCAACUGAAGCAUAAAUAUUUAAUAGAAUGAAGGCAAAGAUUCCUCUUUCUCACCCAGAGACAUCGUCUCACUGCAGUAUAACCGAAUGACAACUUCAAUCCCCACCCCAAAAAAUGAGGCGGGCAAGCUUAACCUUGGGGAAAAAAACAACUCACAGCAAUGGCUAGAUAUCUCACCGUUAGUUUCAUGGGCCUCACACUGUGAAUCAAUGUUUAGCUAAAUUGCAGUGCUUAUACACUUUCCUGAUAUUGGAUGAUCCCUAGGGGCUGGGCUGCCUUCACGGUGGGUACUCUGUUUGAACAAGUCAGCACUGUUUAUUUAGAUGCCAAUGAAGAUGCUGUGGUGUUUUCUUUCAUUGUUCUGUUAAAAUUAGUACUUCAAAUGACCUACAGUGCUUUCUAAAACCUGGUACGAUCAUUCAGGCUCAUCUAAUUAAUGAGGUGGAAUAUCAUCUCACUGUGUUAGGAGAAAAAAAAACAUUAAAAGCUUCCAGCACAGCCAGCCAGUCCUAAGCAUCCAUCGCAUCAUCCACCCCAGUAUAAUGCCUAGUCCCCUUGCAGGGAUACAUUGCUUCAUAUAAUUUUCAUUCUGCGGUACCUGUACAGGUCAUUAACUGUAAUCCUUGUGAUCUCAUCUCUCUCACAGGAGCUCAGAUGUUCUGUCCUGUUUGGAGACUCUGACUGAGCAGCCUUUAUCUUACUCUUAAAAUCAGUGCUAACACUCACAUUAACCUUUGAUCAGUAAUCAGACAAUUUAGCAAUUCAAAGUCUACAGUCUACGGCCUAACAUACCGUCCUCAAUAUCCGCUUGUCCAUCUAUCUGCCUGUCUAUUUAAUUACAAAAAUUAUACAGUCUAGAUAUAUGCUGUUCUAUCCUCUUCAGGCUCCAUGGACCCCAAUAUGUAAGAAAAAAGGCAUCGUCCUAGUAACUGGGUCAAUAGACAGCUGUGCUCAUUGCACUACAGCAAUGUGCAUUUCUGUAGUCUGUGCAACAGUGACUGCAGCUCCCCACAGAACGAAUAAUCCCACUGCCAUCUGUCCCAUCUCUCAUCUGAUCCUGACACGGUUCAUGGUCUUAGUGCUGUCCAGCUGUUUCAAGGGGUAAGCACUUUAAUAUGAAAUAUAAAAAAAACGUUGAGACACUGGCGCAUGGGUCUGCAGCCAUCUUCAGCAUCCAUCCCACAGGACUCAUCUUUACAGCCCUGACCUAAAUAACAGGUCUGACAAGGGCACCUUGCAUGAGUAGCAACUAUGUAUAAUUUUAGAAAUAUUUCAUAUUUUAUUAGUGGAGGAGAGGUAUAGUAGAUGAGUAGAAGACACAGUCUAAGCUCGGAGGAUGGUCGGGUUUGAUAGGAAUGAUUGAUAUGUAGAUUAUGCUCCAAGUGGAAUGAAAUGGACUAAUACGUUGAAAUAAUGAAAGAAUCCUUUGGGGGCAGAGCUCAAAUAAAUAUAAAAAAAUCUGAGCUGUCCAAGUCUAGAAGAUAAAGCAUUAUAUAGUAUUUUACAUUUAAAUACAUUAUAUAAUAAUGUUUAGUUAGCACAGUAGAUAGCCUACAUAUAUGGCUCUUGAUAUACAUAUAUUGUAUGUAGAAAGGAGGCUAUUGUUCUAUAGUGUGGGGCAUAUAUGAUCAGUUUACUGAAUGUUCCAAUGGCACAGAGUAUUUAAAAUGCAUAGACCAUAGAGUAACAUUGCUUUGCAACAUGAAAAGAGGGUUUUUGUGUUAAUGCAUCUCUAAGAGUCUACAGCAGUUAUGUAUGGGGGUGUCAGGAGCUCUUAUGUGUAAUUAACAUUCAUACGGAUGACACGUACAUAAUAUCAGUGAUGGCAAAACUUGGCAUGCCAAAAAUAUGUAAACUGCAUUUAUCAUGAUGCUAAAAGCCAGCUGGCAAGAUUACCCAGCAUUGAACUGUACAAACUAUAGCCCAGGCAUGGUACUUGAGGCUUUGUGCAUUUACAGACAGCAAUUUAAACUAAUAUCACUGUGAAACCCCUGGAAUUUUUUGUAUCUGUGUGAAUACCACUAUAUCUCUAUCCAUAGGAGGGUAUGAUUCAGGCUCCUACAGAUAUUUCUGUGAAGCUGGUGGACGUGUUUUAGCAAAAAGUGACAUACUGUGUUAUGCUUGUCAAGUCCCGCCCAGUCUCUAUGAAUUUAAUGGAUAUAUUCCAAUCUAUGGAAUUGUUUGCCAAAAAGUGUUUUCUUCCGAACGAUUGUUGAAAUGUGGCUAUUCACAUAUGUCGUUGACACUGACGUAUAAUGUAGGGGGGUGGCAUGGUGUGGGGGAAUUAUUAUGAAAGGUGAUAACUGCAGGGCUCAUUUAGACUGUCCACUUUCUUAUUAUUAACUUUGCACCAUAAUUGCUUUUAUAACUAUCCCUUGCAUACUUAAACUUCAACGGCUGCUGGAAGAUUAUUCCACGUGUCUACUAUCUUGUCAGUGAAGUAAUUCUAACUCAUGUUUCAGCUUUUUGAAUUUUAGUUGUCUUUGGAUUGUACUUCCAUACUUCAAUUUGUUAAAUCCCUUUGAGCGCUUUUAUGUUUUAAUAAAUACCACCCCUUCUUUUCUUUUCUCUGUACUAUACACACCAUAGUCAUUUUGGGCCUUCUGUGGACUCUGCCCAACCUUUUACACAGCUGAUUUCCAACUUCCUGCAUGGCUGACCAGACAAAGUAUGAAUGAAAAAUCCAUCUCUAAAGGCAGAUGAUCCACCAGUAGUGAUUAAUAGGACACUUUUUCAGAAUAUAAUCAAUUUAAAAUGGCGGCCUGACUGCAAGAUUGAUUAUCUGACAAAAUUGAUCAUCCACAAAACACAGCCCCUCCAUUGACUGAGGAUUACCAAUUAUGUAUUGUAUAUCCUCAUUCCAAAAAUAAUUUAAUUGCUUUUAAAGGGGAUAUAUUUGCUGGAGUGAUUUAUCAUAUAUUACAUAUUAUACUCGGCUGUUGACACAUGUGUCUGUUGUUUGACACAAGAGCAAGAAAUAGGGAUGGUCUUGUCCUAACCAUGAACUGUGGCAACUGUGUGCACAACAACACAGAAUAAGCAUGCUUUCUCCUCCCCCAAAAAUGGCACGAUGUGGUUACCACGGUAACCAUUAAGAGAAACGCUUUCUUGGUAGCACAGAAGACGCUGUGAUAUAACAACAGCAUACUUCAGUUCUAUUUAUUGAUCAGAGUUAAGGGAUAGAAUGCCCCCCUCCUACUGUUCAACUAAAAUUCUCAUUUUCUGGAUGAGCUUACAUGCUACGAGCUCUUUUCGCUCCACGUUAGAUAUAUCUUUGAUUUAGUGUGACUAGGUUGUUAUUUUGUUGUUCUUGAGUUUUGCUUUAAAGGACCACUCUAGGCACCCAGACCACUUCAGCUUAAUGAAGUGGUCUGGGUGCCAGGUCUCUCUAGGAUAAACCCUUUUUUUUUUAUAAACAUAGCAGUUUAUAAACAUAUGUUUAUAAAUAGGUUAAUCCAGCCUCUAAAGCCUCUAGUGGCUGUCUCAUUGACAGCCGCUAGAGGCGUUUGCGUGCUUCUCUAUGUGAAAAUCGUGCUUUCCUAUGAGACAGGCUGAAUGCGUGCGCAGCUCCUGCCGCGCAUGCGCAUUCAGCCGAAGAGGAGGAUCGGAGGCGGAGAGGAGAGCUCCCCGCCCGGUGCUGGAAAAAAAGGUAAGAUUUAACCCCUUCCUCUCCCCAGAGCCCGGCGGGAGGGGGACCCUGAGGGUGGGGGUACCCUCAGGGCACUAUAGUGCCAGGAAAAUGAGUAUGUUUUCCUGGCACUAUAGUGGUCCUUUAAACAUAUGAUGGUAUUUGGAUGGCUUCUCUGUAAGUGACAUGCCGUAGUCUAAAAAAUACUUUUUCAUGAUCUGUGGUAGGGCUUCUACACCCACCUGCUAAGAAAUGCAGACCGACUUGCAUUUUAAUUGGGUUUAUUCCCUAAACUUGUGGAGAACUGACAAAGAAAUUGAGGAUUUUAGGGUAAAAUAGAAACUUAUUUAGAUCUACAAUAUGCAAUUGGCUCACCAAUUCUUUACAAUUCCUGUGUUUCUUAAUAAAUCCCAUUAAAUGUCAAGGAAAUAACAAACUGGGACUUGCAUUAUAUCAGCCGUGUCGCAGUUUAUGCAACACUAUAGAAAGUGCGUGAUACUAUAAGUCAUAAAUAGCAGCCUACUAAAAAAGCAAUAUGGCUGAUUUCAUACUCACUCAUAAAAGUGUUCUAUUCUCGACAAGUCUGAGUAACAUUUUGUUAUCCUGCAGAUGAGGGUGAACUCUUCCUGAAGGUGCUGAUCCCCAGCUAUGCGGCCGGCUCCAUUAUCGGGAAGGGGGGGCAGACUAUUGUCCAGUUGCAGAGAGAGACGGGAGCCACUAUCAAGCUAUCUAAAUCCAAGGACUUUUACCCAGGUAACAGAGAGAGGAUCGAACAUGUAAUGUAUAUCUGAGUCUUUCACUGACAAAGCUUUACUAAAUUGCUGUAGAAAAGGAAGACAAAAAAAUACAUUCAUUCAAGAUAAUAAAUCAUUAUAUUAUUUUACAGUAUAUGGCAAGUAUUCCCAUAAAAGAUGUGUGCAGUCAGUAUUAAAAUCUUAAAGGCGAAUCUUCGAAUCUCUAACAAGUUACACCAUUGAAUAAAACAUUAAAAAUCACAUUUCACUUGUUUUAACCUUUUUUCAUAUGACGCUCCAUUUAAAAAACAAAACCAAAAAGUUAAAAAAAAGUAUUCAGGGUUAUUGCUUUCACAAUCAGUUUAGUCGCGGCACAGCCACGGCACACUGAAAUGCAUUGGAGGAGAAGAAGGCUAAUGGUUUCUGUUUUUCUCUUAUUGGUACAAAGUGUCCAAUGACUUGCUUCAAAGUGAAGGCAACAAAAUGAGACGUCAACAUUUUGAAACACAACACAUUAGAGCACUAACCAGAGCCUACUUAGACUGAACGGCUGACAGGAUAUUAUGAUUUAAGGAGCCAUGCAGGGGACACAAAUGUGAAUUUAAAGACGCACACUUUGUAUUCCUGUAUACAUAUAUAUUUUUGUAUUAUCUAGGAUGCUGUAUCUAUUACCAUGUAUAACGAUACAAUUUUAGUUUGUGGAUCUUUAUUUACAAGUAUACAGUAUACGCACUCGGUAUUACAUAAGUACAUACAUACACAGAACUGGCACUCCCCAAAAACAAAAUAGAUAUCGACAGAACUAACUUGGAUGCUUCUUCCCAGUGCAAAAAUACAAAAGGUAAAUAAAGGAGCACUCUCCGGAUUUCCAAAAAUGUAUAUUCACAAACUCAAAUAAUCAAUCAACAUUUCAACCCUCCUGGGUCUUGAUCAAGAUUAUUUUGUAUAUAAAGACUCCCUCCUAUUAGUCAAAUGUCAUACAUGUGUGUGUAUAUAAUGUCAUUUUUUUCUAGUCUCCUCGGAAGGUCCAAGUCUUGCCAAUUCACUGUUUCACAUGCACACCCAGUUGCACAUGAACUGUCCACACACAGCGAACAUUUUGCUGUUAAACAGUUUCACAAUUGGUGCCGUACUUAAACUGCUGGCUAGCAAGACAUAAUUCCAUGGUUUAAACUGAUGAAAUGGGGGAGACAUUUUAUAUAAUCAUGUCAUUUUGUGGCAUUACUGUAGCAUAUUGCUAUUAAGAGAUAGAGAAGGCAGCUAAGCUGUAAGAGAAUUAACAUUAUAGUAUCUGCUAUUAACCUGCUGGAAUUUGAAUGGCAGUGUUAGGAUACAGGGCCUAAAUUAAAGGGACACUCCAGGCACCCAGACCACUUCUGCCCAUUGGAGUGGUCUGGGUGCCAACUCCCACUACCCUUAACCCUGCAACUGUAAUUAUUGCAGUUUUUUAUAAACUGCAAUAAUUACCUUGCAGGGUUAACUCCACCUCUAGUGGCUGUCUACUAGACAGACACUAGAGGGCACUUCCGUGUCCAUAGCACAGGUUUUCUGUGCUAGAGCGUCGCUGGACAUCCUCACACUGUGUGAGGACCUCCAACGUCGCUCAAUUCCCCAUAGGAAAGCAUUGAAAAGCAUUUUCAAUGCUUUCCUAUGGAGAGCUCUAAUGUGCGUGUGCGGCAUUGCCGCGCAUACCCAUUAGGUCUCCUCAGCCGGCGGGCGGGAUCAGUCUCGCCCACCGGCUGACGUAAUGACUGGGAGGAGCGGCAGCGCGCAAAAAGCACUGCUGAGGGACAUCGGCGGGGUCUCAGGUAAGUGACCUGAAGGGGUUUUCACCCCUUCAGCAACCGGGGAUGCGAGGUGGGAGGGAGAGGGGACCUGCAGUGCCAGGAAAACAGAUGGUUUUCCAGGCACUGGAGUGUCCCUUUAACAUGAUAUGUUCAACUUGAAUGGAUUUUUUCUUCUUAAUAUUUUCUUAUAAUUAUUAUUGGCAUUUAUAAAGUGCCAGCAUAUGAUGCAGCCCUUUAAAAUACUAAUAUGGAUAUAUAACUAUCCCAACUGUUAACAGGAAACAAGAAGUUAUUGAAAACAAUAUGAUAAUCUAGUAUUUUAGAUUACUGUUUAUGUCUGUUUUAUGUUAUUUGUAACAUAUUGUUUCAGUGGUCUUUUUUUUGUGUGUAAAAUAUCUGUAUUCAUGAUUAGGGCCAGAAAGUUAGUAUGUUUUAGCCAAAAAGGCUUAAAAAAAAAUUUAAUAAAUAAAUAAAUAAAACAAUGAAUUGGCCUGGUACGGAGAGUAAUUACAGGAGUUAUGGGAUUGAUAUCUUAAUUAGGGAGUUUCCUUUGAAAAAGAGAACACAUGGUCACCUUAAUCUGUAAAACACGUAGUCUGCAUGAUACCACUAAGGCUCAAGUUUGGGGGUGGGGGGGAGAAAGGUUCAUUGCUAUGCGGUCUGUGGUAGACCUCAGGCUGAACUAUUGUGUUCGUUGCAACAAAGGCUUGACGAUUUCCUGCAGGCCAAAAUGUAAUAGAUUAGCAUUGCAACUGUUCACAGUCAAGUAGGUUUGAUAAGACAUAGAAGGGCUCGGGUUGCCAUGGAAACAGCUUAUGCAGUCUUGGCUUUGUAGGCCGCAGCCAUACCCAUUGUAAUACUAAACUGCAAUCAGGAUAGCCAACCACAACACAGGAUCUGUGACUGCAUCCUGGGCUGUAAUGAGUUGCCAUGGAAACAGCUCAAUACCAGAAAGGCUUGGCAAUGCCUUAUAGGCUUCCAGGUUACCUUGGAGACCACACUACCACAAAGGCUGGUUUAGGCCACAGCCUGAGUCAUUGUGGUCCCAUGUUGUCAUGGUAAAAGCGCGCAGUGAAUCAGAUUUGAUAGGCCUAUGUUGGCUUUAAUGUACAAGGCAUUUAAAAUGGACCAAGAAUUAAAAUAAAAAUAAAAAAAUAAAUAAAUAAAACACUCACUUUCCACAUUACACUGAAUUGUAUCUGCUGUUUUCAAGUGUGUCCUGGAAUCAUCAUGUCAGCUUUAUAUUUGUAAAAAAAAUACAUGCUCAUAAUAUAAAUUUUUAUAUGCCUCUAUAACAAGGUUUAUUUACAAUUUAAAAAAAUCUAGCCAAAUUACAAAUCACAGAACUUGGCGUUCCAGGUCAGAAUGAAUCAGGGCACAUAUAAUUGAUGCUGAUGGUGCCAGCGGGUAACAUGUCCUUACAUUAAUGGCAUGCUAUAAAAAUCACACAGUAACAUGCUUUGGGAGAAACAUUUUAUUUAUAUAUUGUGCUAGCCUAAUUUCUACCAGACAUAUAGAUUAAAUUUUAUUUUUACUUUAUGAGUUCAGCUUACACCUCCAGGCUACGUAGAGGUAAACACCAUCUGCCGCAGUGGCAAUAGCAUUUAAAUGACUAUUAAAUGACUAUCAGGUAAUUUCAUGUAUUGUGAAAUUACAAUAACUUGUUUUAAAGCAUGUGCAGAAAUCUAGGCUGAAGAACUGUUCCCAGAGUGCAUACAACAUUUCAAAUGGACAAAAAAAAAGACACUUUAAUUUCAGGGGUAUGAGUGGCGGUGUGAGCAGGGGCAGGGCUGUCCUGAGAAAAUGUAGCUGACUUAUGAAUAACAAUAUGGUCACGAACAAAGUAUCUUAUUUACACAGACUGAUUUCUAAACACAUUUAUUGUAGUUUAAAGACAUUACUGGGAGUAUCAUUGCUACACUCAGAGGCAGCAAAAAAAUAUGGAGCUCCUAGAAAAGAGGACAUUAGGAUAUAAAAAAGGGACAGAGGAAUUUGGGCUCAAAACAGGGAAUGUCCUCCUAAAUAGGGACACUUGGGAGGUGUGCCUUAAUCCAUAUUGUCACAACAACAAUCAGUAUAAGGAGGUAAACUCUAUGUAUGAUCAAAUGAAAUCAACAGGGUGCAAACCUAGGUAGACAUUCUGUGUUUGACACCCUAGGUUUCACAUUAAUAUAUAAAUAUACCAGGAUGCACACCAAUGAUAGUGAAAAUAUACUGGCUUAAUUACACAAUAUUAGCAUAAUUAACAUACACACAAAAAAAAAAACCACAAAAAAGUGACAGUGAAAAGGGCUAGAAUCUACACAUCAAUAUGUAACAGUAUUACCAUCAAUAGCCUACCAAGGCAGGACACAAGCCACCAGAUCCCCAAUGUUUCGGCACACAAAAGAAUGCCUUUCUCAGGGGAACUGUUAAUCCAUACUGUGCCAAGCCUUUUCCACAGGGCAGUGUCUGUUCUGCAUGAGAAGGGCAAAGUCCACAUAAAGUAGUUAUUAUCCCCUUUUAUAUAAUGGCAACUUCUGAGACAUCUUAAAUUUUUUUCUUUUUACAAAAGCCAGUCAUAGCAGUAACGCAGAUAUUGGUGCUGCUGUUGGGCCUUCCCUAGCAACAUAUUGUGAGACUGAGUGACAGGUGCAAUUUCUGAAAAAUAGGUCAAAUGGAAUUAAAAUAUUUUACAGAUUUUACUAUGAGCAGACUGCAACUUUAUUAUAAAAACAUGCAUAAAACAGAUCUAGAGGCAAGUUGGGGAGACAUGAGAUACACAGGCAGAAUUAGCAUGAUAAAACGUCAGUGGAGCAAACAUAUUACUGUACUUUUGUUUCAUUAAACGGACACUAUAGUCACCCAGACCACUUCAGCUCAAUGAAGUGGUCUGGGUGCCAGGUCCCCCAGGUUUUAACCCUUCAGAUGCUAACAUAGCAGUUUCAGAGAAACUGCUAUGUUUACAUUUGGGGUUAAUCCAGCCUCUAGUGGCUGUAUUCCGGACAGCCACUAGAGGCGCAUCUGCGACGCUGUAUGCGAAAUUCGCAUCCAUAGGAAAGCAUUGAGAAAUGCUUUCCUAUGGACUUUUUGAAUGUGCGCGCAUGCGCAUUCCGCUCCACUAGGGAGCUGAUGUCAGACGGGGAGGAGAGGUCACCAGCGCCGAGAGAGCCCGGCGCUGGAUAAAGGUAAGUGGCUGAAGGGGUUUUAACCCCUUCAGCGCCACGGGAGGUAGACCCUGAGGGUGGGGGCACCCAACUGCUUUGCUUUCCUGACACUAUAAUGAUCCCUUAAGAAAAUGUAAUUCUGCAAUAUUUUGAUGGCAUUUUCAAAACAGGUUUGAUUUAUGGCCUUUGUUUACUGCAACAUUUAUUGGUAAAAUGUGUAUGUUUAGGGAAUUUGUCAGUGUCCACUCUAAGUACACUGCUUCUAAAAACAUACCCACAGCCUGUAAUUGCUUAUAAAUUUCAUUCUCUUCACAGGAACUACAGAAAGGGUAUGUCUGGUUCAGGGAACCGCCGAGGCUCUGUUAUCUGUACACAGCUUCAUUGCAGAAAAGAUGCGGGAGGUACCUCAGGGAGCAGCAAAAAACGAUAUGGGGGUUCUCAUGCCCCCCCAGACCACUAUUAAUACGGAGCGAGCCAAGCAGGUGCGUAGAUGUCUGGCUCACAUACAAAGUCAUGAAUAUGCAAUCUUAGAAAAGACUGCAGCCCACAGCAGCUGCAUUUUUGACAAAUAGUGAUAUGGCUGUGAAAAUGCCAUAGAAAAAAAAAUAAAGCCAUCAUUUGUGUCAGCUGCAAGAAAUUAGGAAUUGAAAACCAAGCUAAAAAUGGAUGUGGCUUUUUUAGAGUAGUGUCUUAGUUGAUUUAUAAACAAAGUUGCACAAGCAACAUGUUAUACAUGCCAGCUAUAUGGUCCUCCAUUCUAUUGCAAUAUAAGGACCUAAUAGUCGUUCUUUGUUGUAAAUAUUUAUAAAAUACAUAAAUAUUUAUACAUAUACAAAUUAUAGAGUAAUUACACUAUAUUUAUAUACACGCAUACACAAAUUAGCUCAGGUCCUCUGGUACUACCCCAGACAUAACAGCCAGACAUUGCUGUCCAUAUCUACAUGGCUUUGUAAAGAUUGUGUGGUGCAUGUGGUGUAAUGUGAAUGUAAUUUUAAAAGUAAAUGACAUUGAACAUUUUCAAUUAUAGAAUCAGUCUUACUAAAGUCAUCAGCGCUUUUUAUAUCAUUUGAUCUUUUGUUUCCACUUAUUCGACAGGCCAAAUUGAUUGUUCCAAACACAACAGCUGGCCUGAUUAUUGGCAAGGGUGGCGCAACUGUACGAAGCAUCAUGGAAGAAUCGGGGGCCUGGGUUCAGCUUUCACAGAAGCCUGCAGGGCCCAAUCUCCAGGAACGGGUGGUGACAGUGAGUGGGGAAGCCAGUCAGGUCCAACACGCCCUGCGUAGUAUCAUCCACAAAGCUAAGGAGGACCCACCACAAGGGAAUGCACACCUGAACAUCAGCUACACUAACUCACAAGGCCCCGUGGCCAACUCCAAUCCCACUGGGUCGCCCUACGCUGGUGGAACAGCAGAGCCAGCCCUUACUCCUUUUCCAACUGCACCACCAGCUCCACCAGCCAUCACCGGAGGAGACCUCCUGGCAAUCUCUACUGCACUCAACACCUUGGCCAGCUAUGGUUACAGCACAGGCUUGGGCUUCAAUCCACUAGUAGGGGGAGUCCACCCAGCUGCAGUAAGUCUGCUUGCAUCCUAUGCGGGAGAGGCAGCUCCAGCAAUGGGGCUGGGUGGUGGUGGAAUCCUGGUGGAAAAACUGGCAGCAGAGAGUGUGGCAGGCAAGGAGACAUUAGAGAUGGCUGUUCCAGAAACUUUGGUAGGCGCAAUCUUGGGCAAGGGUGGGAAAACAUUGGUUGAAUACCAAGAGCUAACAGGAGCUCGCAUCCAAAUCUCAAAGAAGGGAGAAUUUGUGCCGGGAACAAGAAGCCGGAAGGUGACCAUCACAGGACCUCCAGGCGCCACACAGGCAGCACAAUAUUUGAUUGGUCAGAGGGUGGCUUAUGAGCAGGGGGUGAGGUCCAGCAACCCACAAAAGGUGGGUUAAUUUGAAUGGAGGGUAGGGGAGAAAGUUUGGUGAAUGUGGGAGAAAGAAGGGAAUAAAGAGGGGAAGGAGUUUGGCACCUGUUGGAAUGGAAAGAGAGGUGGGAGCCAGGGUUGACGAAGGGAAGGUUGUUCGUAUAGAGGCUAUGAGCAAAACCUUAAGUCUACUACCUCUAGAACAACAGGGGGCAAGAAUCACAACGCUUGGCACCUCUAGAACUGGAUUGGGAGGCAGAUAGGUGGCUACAACUAGGCCUAGCUGAGGGAGGAAGAGAGGACCUAGUUCUUCUUAUGGACAAAGGUAAAUGUGUUAUUUUUACCCUAAAAAAUGUGAAAAUUCAGAUUUUUAUCGCAAAACAUAUUAGAAAAAAAAAGCAAUAAAAGCAUAUUUUGCACUGGACCAACACUCCCCAUACAGGGUAAUAUUGUAACUAAAAGGUCAGAGGAAUCUCGUCGUCCUUAGUCCUCAUAAACCUUGCAAGGUGAGAAAAACAGAAGUGACUGGUUAGUCACAAGAUCUGCAGGAUGAGACAAAAGGAAACUGGUCCUCUAAAUCAAGGUGGCAAAACGUCUCAAAGUAGGCCUGGUACCUAGCUCCUAUAACAUCACCAGUGACAUCAUACAUCAUCAUACGCCUCUCAUUAUUUAAUUUUCCUUAAAUCCAUACAAUUGUGCCAAACACUACCUUUCCCUAAGAACCAGUGCCAAAUGCAUGUUCUCCCCUCCUCCAUUUCAAGAAGAAUAGUUCUGCAUUUCACAUUACCAUGAUAGAUAGGAUGCAUCUAGAGCUACUGUGAAACAUUUUGCUUCCUUGUAGCUGCUUAAUGCCAUAAAAAAUAAAAAUAAAUAACAUUUCGGGGUCCAGUAAAUAUGCAGAUUUCAUGCAGAACGUUAUCGGGCGGAGGUCGAGUUUUCAUUCAGAGUUGAAAUUAGCCAAAAUGUCUCGCAAGUUAGAAUUUAGUUGUGUAAAAAAAAAAACAAAAAAAAAACUGCAGUAUCUGGGCUAACAUGCAGCAUAAAUCUGAGAAAAUACAUUUUUUAGGCGAUAUAUAGCAUAUCUGUGGGAAUAUAUGGGGUGUGUUAGGGUAUCUUUUGAGUUGAAUAGUAUUUUGUGCACAUAAAGGGAGGUACGCAGGAAUAGCGACAUAAUUUGGAGAAUACAUGAGGGCAUGGCUAUUACUGCAUAAAAUCUCUACCCCACACAUACACCUUUGUAUAACACCAGAGCACCCCGUCUAUACUGACUGUGCCAAACACUGCCUGGGUUACGGAGGUGAUUGUGUGUAGAUUCCUAAAAUGUCUCUGUAUAGAUAAAUGAAACUGUAUUUAUAUUAUAUAUACAUAAUUAUGUGUGUGUCUUUUUCUGGGAAUGAUUUUAUAUGGGGGUGGAAGGGGACAAGAACUAUAAGCUGCCAAGUAAUUUAGGUAUUUUAGUUAUGUCUCUGGGCAACAUGUGUUGUCCAAUAUAAACAUGUCUCAAGGAGAACGUGAAGAGCCAGGUAAUUUAUUUAUUGAUAGUCCUCUUACAAAAAAAACGGAAAAAAAAACAUGAAGAGGACUAUAAAAUAUCUCAGAGUAUACUGAAUUAAACAAUGAUUUAAGUGAGAAUGCAGUGAUCUAAUCCUGAGUGCAUACAAACUAAUGUAUCACUGUGUGCAGUAAAAUUGCAUAAUCCUAACAAUGUGUGCAGUAAAGUGGACUAACACUAAGCCAGUGUUCAGUAAAAUUAAAUUGGACUACUUUAACCCUGUGUGCAGUGAAAUGGAUUAACCCAAACCCUGUGUGCUGUGAAAUGGUAUAACCCUAACUCUCUGUGCAGUGAAAUGGAAUAAUCCCAACACUGAGUGCAGUGAAAUGGUAUAACCCUGACCCU